AUGCUUAGGGCGGCGGUGUUAUUGUGCACCGUGGGUCUGGUUGUCGCCACGCCAGCCGUGGUGAGGACCAGAGAGCAGAUUCAGAGCUUCAGACACUUCUUAGAGAGCACUAUGACCAGUGAUGGCCGACAAUUCAUCGCAAGGAAUAUGGCUUCGCCGCUUGCCAACCCUGAAGAAAACAGCGGCAAAUACCAGGGUGACAUAGUCCUCGACAAUUUCAUCAUCGAAUCGAUGCUGAUGGAGUACGCUCUAGGAAGAAAUGCCUACAUCUGGCCCGAUACGAAGUGGCCAGCUAAUACUGUUGUCUGGCAGUUUGGAGAGGGGGAAUUCAGUCCAUUACAGGAAGCAGCAAUCGAAGAAGGCAUAAGGGAUAUUGAAGAAAACACGUGCAUUAAGUUCCGUUACCGCGAGCCCGAAGACACCGUCUUUGUUAAUCUCACGGGUGAACCAGCCGGGUGCUACGCCGAGGUGGGCUACUGGCGGCCGCGCGGUGUGCACACGAUGAACUUGGCGCGCGACCACCCUGGGUCCGGUUGCUUCCGCCACACGACCAUCGUCCACGAAUGGAUGCACAUCUUAGGCUUCUUGCACAUGCAGUCCACCCACAACAGGGACGACUAUGUCCGCAUCGUAGAGGAGAACUUGAUACCCGGUACCGAGCAUAACUUCGCAAUCUACGACUCGAGCCUUGUUGAUAACCUGGGCAUAGAAUACGACUACAGUAGCUGUCUGCACUACGGUCCUUAUGCGUUCAGUUCCAAUGGGGAGAAGACCAUCAUAGCGUUACAGGAGCACGAAGGUACAAUGGGACAACGUUUAUACAUCACGGAAAAUGACUGGCUUCGGAUCAACAGGCACUACAACUGCCCUGGUGCAUGGGAU